AUGGCGAAUCCCCAGGAAGGAGACACAAAUCUACUAUUGUAUUGGUUGAACGACCCGGAAACGGGGAAGGUGACUGCAAGCUCUCCUAGCGCGUGGACCGUGCAGAAAAUCAUGAUUCCUGUGAUGAAAUAUGCAAUAAGCAGAGAUGCAGGACCUCCUGAGGACAGUGCGGAACCUGAACCAACAAACAGACCGGUACCUAUGGCUCCUCCAAUACUGAUCAUCUGGAUAUGUCUGGAUUUAAGGGAUCUCUGCAACGGCGACUUGGCCGACAGGAUGUUUGCUUUCUCGAUGUCCGAUAAAUUUGGGUCAACCUCAAUUUGCGGGAGUGGCUUGAACGAAUCAAUAAAAUUGCUCCACCCACCUUUGGAGGUUUCCUCAAUGGCCCCCACCGAAUGGUCAGAAAAAGUCUGCUCGAUGGGGAACUUUUCUUCGUCCUGUUUGAGCAUUGCAAAGUUGAAAGAAAAGUUUUAA